AUAACUGUCAAUCAUAUAUAAAAUGUAAAAUAAUAUAUCUAUUCAGUCUUAUUGCAAAAUAUUUUUUUCUCUAAAUUUAUUGGGAGUACACUGGAAAUACAUAUGAAAAAUUUUGCUAAUGUGUAUUAUAUUAAAGAAAGAAAUUGGAAAAAUUGUCCAUGUAAUAAGGUAUUUAAAAUUUAAAUAGAUAUAGUUUUAUCUCAAUAAUAAAUAAAUGAAAAAUACAUUUUCCAUUAUUGUGAGCUUUAACAUAACCUUACUAAAGAGUGAAAAAAAAACAAGAAUUCCAGGAAUGAAUUUAAAAUGAAAGAUUUAUAAGAAAUAUAUGCUUAUUUGACGUGACAACAUAAGAAAAUGGAAAAUACAACAAAAGAUGAAAGUAAAGGUUCAGUUGAAGAAAUGGGCAAUCAGACUUCAAAAAGUAAGCUUGGUGAACAAAUCAAAAAUGUUGGAUCUGCAAAUGAUGAAGUAAUUAAAGAAGUUGAGGAGCAAUCUAAAACUGAAUUAAUGAUGACCAAACUAAAUACCUACAAAGCUGCUAUUAGUGCAUUUUUUUUAUCUCUGGUUAUUAUUAUUAUCAUCAUUAUCCUGACAUUCUCGGGAGAAAAACAUAUCAAAAUAUAUUCGGAGUAUGGACCUCCUGUGAUAGCACAAACUGGAUGUGGAAAAGUUGAGGGGUUAGUUGAAGACAGUGCCUUUAGUUUUCGUGGUAUUCCAUAUGCCAGACCACCCAUAAAUGAAUUACGUUUUAAAUAUGCUCAACCGUUAGAUAAUUUGAAGUACUGUUGGAAUAAUACAUUUGUAGCGCAUAAUUCCAGCGAUGUUUGUAUUCAGUUACUAAGUAACGGUACGAUAAUUGGCAAAGAGGAUUGUCUAACUCUUGAUAUCAUCACACCUUAUGUACGUUAUGAUAACCCAUUACCAGUUAUUGUUUUGAUCGGAGCUGAUAGUCUAAUGGGUGGGUCUCCCGGAAAACUGAGACCGUCUGCAAGAUACGCCCGAUCAAGGGACGUGGUUUUUGUAAGACCGAAUUUUAGGAUGGGUGCUUUGGGAUUUCUCGGUUUAGAGAUUCUAUCCGAAUCGGAUCGUUCAAGAACAUCGGGUAAUUACGGCUUGAGUGAUAUAGUGUUAAGUCUAAAAUGGGUGCAACUUAAUAUCGAACAUUUUGGUGGAAAUAAAGAUUCAGUUACAAUAUUAGGACAUAAGGCAGGAGCAACUCUUGUUACUGCUCUUACCGCGAUGCACGGGGCUAGUAAAUAUUUUAAAAAAGCGUGGGCUUGCUCUGGUGGUGCCAUUUAUCCUAAAAAAGAUAUAAAAAAAUUCCAAAAGGAUAAUUACAGUUACCUUGAGUCCGUACAAUGUAAAGAUGUAGACUGUUUGAGAAAUUUGGAUGCCGUGAAGUUGAUCACUGCCGUAGAAGAUACGUGGAGGAAGCCUCAACCUGAUUUACCUUUAGCAGACGAAGUUCCAGAAAAUAGACAUGAAUGGUUGGCUUUGGACGGCCACAUAUUAAGAAGAUAUCCUCACGAAGUAUGGAGUUCAGAUAGCGAAUUACCCGUUAGUUUAGUUAUAGGAACAACAGCUCAUUCAGGUAGCUCUAAAAAAUUACUGAUGAAACACAAAACAUGGACCAAAGAUAUGAUUAAAGAACACAUUACGGAAUCUUUUUUAUCUAAAACUACAUUUUUGGAAGAUGUUUUGAAAAUGUAUCCUUUAACUUACGAAGGUUUGAGUCGAAUGAUAUCGGACAUUAGAAUUGUUUGUCCGUUGUUCGCUCUAUCUAGUCAGAUGAAAUCAGUGCCAUUUUAUGUAGUUACUCAGACCAGAUUGGAACUAAACAUUGCCGAUAUUGACUCUGAUAUAGACGCGAUUUUAGGUAGAUACGAACCCAGGACGCCGGAACAAAGAAGAUACUUUUCUGCAAUACAAGGAUUGUUUUACCAAUACGUUUGGAAUGGCGUAAUCGAUGAAAAUCUAAUCGGCGAAAAAGUACUAAUUGUUCAACAAGACGUCUUAACAAAUAAGACUUAUUCAUAUUGUAAUUAUUGGAUGUCCAAACAUAUUGUGCCAAACUAUGCUGCUCUUGACUGAGAGAAAUAUGAAUUUUAUAAUGAGUAACUUUACAAUCGUGGUUUGUAAAAAUACAAAUCAAAUGAUAAUUAGGACCAAGGUGAUGGAGGGGUAUAAAGUUUAUAACAGAAAUAGUUUAACCCCCAAUCACUUGCGUGAUUUUUAGCUUCGUGAGCACUCGCGGGGUGUUGUGGACACACCAAACGUUGAUUUUAUAAUCAAUUCUAUUAUUAUUUUACAAAGUGCUAUAAUCAGCAGCCUUAUUAGUCAUAAUGAGGUUUCUCCUCAAAGAACCAAAAAAAAACUUGUUCGUUUCUACUAAAAUUUUCCAAGAAUAGCAAACAUGGUUUGUUAACAAAAAUUUUAGUGACUCAACGUUUUAAUGUCUUUAAAACGUGGACAAACUAUACAGCGUUACUUUUUUCUGGUGACAUUCCUUCGGUGCUUGUUCCAGGGGCAUUCAACAUCCUCUUUAGAGCUUUGGGUAACCCUAGUUGUGAGAAUCUUUUUUCAAAAUAACAUGAAUCACGCUCAAACCCAGCGAUUCCAAAAACUCAGGUCUUUGUUUGUUACAUUGUGAUUACCCUAUAUUCCAAUUGUGGUUAACAUUAACCAGAAGUAUCUUGCACAUAAAAAAAUCUCAAUGGCAAAGGUGAAUAUAUCCUUAAAAUUUGGUCGGCCCUGUCCACGCCACCUUCCUGUUCAUUGUAGAAUAAAAGAAUUUCUGACUUUAGCUCAUUUGUAGCAAUUGUGGUGUCAUUAUUGUCAUGUAAUGUUUCUCUGUUUACGACAAUAGCACACCGGAGUCAAUGGCAAUUUGUAACGAAAGCCAAAAAAUUUUUUUAACAAUUCUACUGCUAUUGGAAUGCUUGUACACCAAUUACAAUAAGUCAGGAUCUUUCCAGACGCACAUAAUCGCGUAACUACAUCAUUCGGCUUAUAGCUUACUUUGAAAGGUACAUCUAGUUGUUAAUUAAGGUAACCAAAUCUUUCCUAAUCAUACAACCUCGGCUUACUUGGAAUAUAUUGUGGAACGUCCUCUAAAUUUCAGUAAAUAUUCCUCCAUAGCGAAGUUCUCAUUUAGACUAUAGUUGUCACCGCAAUGAUUGUUGGAUUGCAUAAAAAUGUUUCUUAUUGGAACAGCGACAGCACCCCGUGCGAGAGAUGAAAGGGUAAAUUCUUUUGGGUGGAAAAGUAAUUUCCAUUGAUGUUUGAAACUGAAAAAUAAAACUUAUCUACUUGUACCAUUCUUUCCUCUUGGUCUUGGUAAUGGUUUUAAAUUUAUAUUAGCACCUUAUCACAAGGACUGAAUUGUCUGAAAAAUUUUCAACACAACAAUAUACGUACCAAGUUAUUUUUAUUUCUAUAUUUGGUCUUUCUUUUGAGAUCUUGCAAUGACACUUAUCACUAUCAGAUUCUGUUACUAGUUAGCUAUCAUUUUUUUGCAACCAUCAUCAGAUUUUUUCAAUUAAGAAUAUAUCCUGUUACUUGUAUCAAUCACCUUUAAAGAAUAGUUUUAAGUCUUCAUUACUAAGAAAUACAAGAACAGACAACAUAGUAGAAUUCAAAAAUCUACCCUAUAGAAGUUAUAAAAUAACAAAAUAACUAGAUAGCUAGACACUAAAAGGCAGAAAACUUCCUAACGGGUGGUAAUCCAUCUGUGACUCUUCUUUAUAACUUUUCUCGAAGAUUGAAAAAGUAAAUCUGAAUCUUUUUUAAAUCCAUCAGUGUCUUAUAAAUCUUCAGAUUUAGUUUUCCCGCUUUAUAUGCUCCAGCUAUUCAACAGUAAAUCUAUGAGUGAAGCAUUCUUUUCUCGGAAAUAUUUUGAUUGUAUUGCUUCAAUAUUUUCAUCUAUUAAUUUGGUGCAUGUCAUGAAAACUCCUGUUUUUGCUGGUACAUUCACUCCUGGUAAUUUCGGAAGGAGGUUUUGUGUAGCCGUUCUUCUUCCUGAGGAAUAUGGAGUGAUUCUCCAUGUUAAUAAGGAUAAUGAUCUAUUCCGGCGGGCCUCAUUUAAAUUGAAAAAUUUAAAACAAAAUUUAAUCUCAUAUUAUUCGCUUAAAACGAUAUAAACUAUGAGCCAUUACAUCUGAUGUUCAGUAAAACGUUGCGUUUCUUUAUAGCUAAGUAACAGAUAAAUCAAAAUACUUACAUUUCCUUGUAUCGAAAUGUUAUAAAUCCGAGCUAUGUAGGGCAGAACUGCACAAAUCGUUCGUUACUAGCAGCCAACGUCGCGGAGUACCAACCGCUCUGAUGCAUGUGUGAGUAAAGUUUGAACCGGGGAUUUUCAAAUCGUCACCUUAUUAUUCCCGGGCUUUAUUUGCCUCAGGUACCUUAGUAUUUUGAUAUAUUCAGCAGAGUUAACAAUUACUGAAUAGCCUCGUACAUUUUCAAAAAAGUGCGGGCCAAUUAUGUUAUUCCAGGCCAAAAUCAUCACUUUCGGAGAAUGUUAAGGUUUUUGGUGUUGUAGUUUAGUGUUUUCUCUACUUUAAAAUCUGAAAUUUUGUUUGUUGACAUGCCCAUAUCAGUGAAAGUGGGCCGGGAAAGUUGCCAAAGCUAUGUCUUGAAGAGAGAACUUGAGGGCAACCCCGAUCUUACCACUUGCGCGGUUCCUUUGCUAAACCGGUUGCAAUAGUGCAAAAAUAUAAAAAUAAGUAAAAACUUUCAUUAAGUUAGCGGUUUACACCAUAUAUUUUUAUCCCGUUCGCGCUCUUUUAACUAUCACGAUAAUGUAAUUUGUAUAUAAACCAGUGUGAUAUUUUUCAGUAUUAUUGUAAAGUUCCUUUUCUAAUGAUACCUAAGAUAAAAUAUUUUUUAUAUGUAUUAGUGUAGUAUUAUUUGCAUAUGCAUGUUUAGUAUAUAUUACCAGUAAAGUAUGAUGUGAUUA